AUGGAAAGUUGCAAAUUGCCAAGGGAUCUGGUGGUUGAUAUUUUAUCAAGAUUACGGGUAAAGUCUCUUAUGCGAUUUAAGUGUGUUUGUAAAUUUUUCUAUGAUUUGAUAAAAAGUGAUCAGCACUUCAUGGACAAACACUACGAAAUUAGCAAAGCAAAAACCGAUUGUGUUCUUUUAGAGGUUGGUCGGGAUUUUAGAGAAUAUUAUUUGCUUUACAAAGAAUCUGAGUGUAAUGAGAUUGGAUGCAUAUACUUAGACAUCCCAGGAAUGCAGUGGGUUAAGUGUUGUAAAGGUAUGUUAUGCUUGAUUUCGACCAAGAAUGAUAAACUUGAUAAAGGUGAUUAUCUUAUUUAUGAUAUUUUAAUGUGGAAUCCCUCCAUUAGGAAAGUUAAAGCCUUACCCUCGGUUACUGUCCCUUACAAAGCACCUUGCGAUGGAUUAUAUGCACUUAGCGAAUUUGGAUUUGGGAUUUCUAACAACAUGACCUGGAAGGUUGUCAUGCUAUUAGAAAUUUGUUCUUCGGAUGGGAGAACUGUUCACCAAAUGACAAUGGUUUAUAGUCAAGAUUAUAGUGAUUCUUGGAGUUUGAGACAACUUAAUUUAGUUACAUCUUUUCAAAAUAUUCGGGAUAUGAGCAAUGAUUUUUAUUUAAAAGGGAGGUACUAUUGGGGGACGGUAGGGUUUAACCAGCAACAUAUAAUUCACUACUUGAUUUGGUUUGACAUGAAUAAUGAGGUGUGUGGGAUGAUUGAGUUGCCUAAGUCUAAUAUUGAUUCAGUCUCAAUAAUGAAUGAGACUAUUGCUGUACUUCGAUAUUCACCAAUUGUGGGGAAUACCAAUUGCAUUGAUAUUUGGUUAAUGAUUGAAAAUGACAACAAUACUUAUUGGUGUAAACAAGCACGCAUAGAUUAUGGUCUAAACAUAUAUAAUAAUAUUGAAUGGUGGAGACCAAUAGGAAUUUGGAAUGUGGAUGGAGAAUUGCUUGUAUUUCAAGACCGUGCAGUUGAUCCGGAUUGGGAUCCGGAUUCAGAGCAUUCAGAGCCGGAUGUACCAUACUUCAUAUCUCAGGAUUUGGUAACUCAGGAAAGGAAGAUGUUCUCUAUAAGUAAAGAAAGGAAAAGUAUUACCAUAGCUUCAAAUCCAACUGCUGGCAAUUUAUUUCAAGUUUACAACGAGAGGAAUACGGAUACAAUAGAAAAAUGGAAAUACCAUAUGUUUAUGCAGAGAAUAUAUUCUCGAGUUUACUAUGAAAGUCUAUAUUUACCGUAA